AUGUCUAACAAUAUAGUGAACUCAUCCCAAAAUGAAAGUCGGGAAGAAAAAGAAAAACAAGAGAAAGCAAAAUGGGCUGAGAAGGGAAUUGAGGUUGUUAUCAAGAUUUGUGUUGCUGAGACGUUAGGUGGUAAUCGACCAAGUAGUCAUUUUAAUAAGGUUGGAUGGAAAAAUGUUAUAAAGAAGUUUAAUGAUAUUACUAAAAGGAACUACGACUAUAGACAAUUGAAGAACAAAUGGACUGGACUUAAGAAAGAAUGGCAGUUAUGGACAAGUUUGGUUGCAAAAGAGACUGGCUUAGGAUGGGAUCCUGUGAAGCAAACAAUCAAAGCUACCGAUGAAUGGUGGGAUAAGAAAAUAAAGGAGAAACCUGAGGUCGCAAGAUUUCGAACACAUGGAUUGAAACAUGUUGACCAGUUAGAUAUUUUGUUUAAAGAUGUUGCUGUCACGGGUGAAUGCGCUUGGGCACCCUCACAAGGUUUUGUGGUAGAGGAUGUUGACAAUGGUCCAGCUAUAGGAGAACAUAAUAAAGAGAUUCUGGUUGAGGAUCAGGAUGAGUUUGGGGAUCCUACUGAUCUUAAUGCUGGACUUGAUGAAAUAGUUGAUGUUGAAACUGACAAUAAAAGGAAAAGAGAUUCGAAAAGACCUGGAGUUGGGGUUAAGGUGACGAAGCGGUUAGAUUCUAUUUUACAUGCAAUUGAACAUCGAAGUAGCACUUUUAAAAGUAAAGACAAGGCUGGUUGUAGCAUUGAGGAAGUGAUGCAGGUGGUUGAAGGAAUUCCAGAAAUUGUCAAUGAUGAUGACCUUUUCGUGAAAGCUGCUGAUAUCUUAACUUAA